GCCGGUGUAGAACUAUCCAGAAAACCUCUCUGCCUUUCUCUUUACUUUCCUUCAAUCGCAUUGACUGCAAAUAGCAUGGAGGUUCUAGUGCUAUGAAAUAUAGCGUGCUGUGCAUGUUCUGUAUCGGUUGUCCGUGUUAAUACGGCGGCUUGCGCGGAGAAAGGCAGUCUACACAGACUGCAUUGCUCCGUGGUCGUGCCCAGGGAGGACCACAGAUGUAAACAAAUUAGCUUUCUGGCUCUUGCAACUCUGGUGUCAGAACUGUCUUGUUGUAGAGGCAGGCCUAGAACUACAUGGCCCUUUCAAAUAAGCGAAUAAAGGAAGCGGAAUUCUACUCAACACUUUUGGAAUUAGACUAAAGCAACACAUAUGGACCCGCAUACAAACGUGGACGUGUUACAAUUGAGGGUAGAGGAGGAAAAUUAUUGGCAGCAGUCACAGGAUCAUGAAGUUGAGUUGUGCCAGACCCUGAGACUACAGGUAGAAGAUCUCCAGAAGAGACUUGAGGAGAAAGACAACAAACUCACUCAGGCAAACGAGGUGAUCAGAGCACUGAGGGAUGAGGUGCAGACACUGCAGCAACAACUGGAGCAGCACAGACGGAAGUACAGUGAUGACGCAAUUGGAAAGAGAGACCAGCAGUGUCAGUGUGGAAGAGGAAAUGGCAUAACAUUGACAAGAACUGUCCUGUCAGACUGUCGUCCCAGUGAGCCAGAGUCUGGUUCCUCAGAAGCAGGAACAUCACAUAAGGAACAGGAUAUUGCAUCACAGAACCCUCCACUAUGUCCUCCUUUGGCAACCAACAUUGCUCUUAAACCUGAGGGUAGCGGGAUCCCAACUAACAUCCUCCUGUCCCAUACCGCGGCGGAGGACGACCCAGGAGACGUUCCGGUGUCACCACAGGAAGUGGAGGACGACCCAGCAGAGGUUCCAACGUCUCCUGGUGAUGACACACUGACAUCAUCAGAUGAAGAGGAGGAGACAGUAGAUUUUCCUUUGAUCCUUGCUGACGGUACACUCAUUAGAGUGAAAUCACAACGACAACUGAAUCAAUUACAGGGAGAACCAUCUGGUACAGAAAAAAGAAAAGAAUGUGAAUGUGCUGUGUGUGGGAAAAUAUUAGCAAACAUCGGAACUCUACGUGAACACUUAAGAGUACACACAGGAGAAAGGCCAUAUACUUGCACUCAGUGUGACAAAACGUUCAAACAAAGGUCUUCCUUUGUUGCUCACCAAAACGUGCACAGAGGGGAGAAGCCUUAUGCCUGUGCUCAGUGUGGAAUGACAUUUAGGUCUUCAAGCAAUUUACGAGCUCACCAGAAAAAACACCAUACACAGGAAAACCCAUCUGAUGCUGAAAAAAGAAAAAACUUUGAAUGUCAUGAAUGUGGGAAAAUACUAUCAAGCAAAUUGAGUCUAGAUAACCACUUGAGACUACACACAGGUGAAAGGCCAUUUGCCUGCACUCAGUGUGACAAGGCAUUCAAACAAAAAACCGCCUUAUCCAUGCACAAAAAGCUGCACACAGGGGAGAGACCUUAUCCCUGCACUCAGUGUGGAAAGGCAUUCAGGACCUCAUUCUCUCUACGAGCUCACCAGGAAAGGCUUCAUGCACAAAAUGCAGAUGGCAUGCCUAAUAUUGAAAGCAAUAAGUCUGCCUGUGAUGUGUGCGGGAAAAUUCUUCGAAAAGAAAGUCUCAGUGCUCACAAAAGAAUGCACACAGGUACAGGGUGUCAAUGUGACGUGUGUGGUAUGAUAAUUGUCAACCAAUCGAGUCUCCUCAGGCACAAGCUAAUUCACACAGGCGAAAAACCUCAUGCCUGCACUUUGUGUGGAAAAACGUUCAGAUAUAAACCCCGUUUAGAACGACAUCAGAAACAUCAUGUUUAUGCAACGGAAGGACCAUACAAGUGCUCUGCUUGUCAAAUGGAAUUCAAGACUCCCGGGUAUUUGAAAAGGCAUGCCAGACGCAAACAUACUGCUGAAUAGCCCUAUUCCCGCGCGAAUAGACCAGGCACGAUGCGAUUCAAGCGACAGAGUGCAGCAUCAAGCGAUACGAGCGAUUGAGGAGACUAGAGUAUGUCCGUACAGGCAGAAGGCAAAGUAUUCCAGCAUUCCCAUUGGCUGUGGUCACUGUGUAACGGUGCAACCGACUAUGUUUUAAGUUUUUAAAGUUAUUUUGAGUUGGGCGCCAGGCAGCACGAACACUGCCGUCGGAUUAACCUGUUACCACUCCCACAAUGAAUAAAUAACCAGUGAUGACCUUGGAAAUAAUUCAGUUCCACACAAGAAAGUCGUUUGUUAUUUUUAGUGCACUCUUCAAAUAGAAUUAAACAAUACAAUAUUUUUCAAAUUACAAUAAAGUAAACCCCCCAAAAGAAAUUGUCCUUACUUGAUGAAAUGUUUGUGUGUGAAUGUGUGCAAUGUGUGCGCGCUUGUGCAUACGGGAGAGAUGGGUCUGAGCGGAUGAGAGCUGAGCAGUAGCGAGGUUUGAGAACGGAUAGUGGAGCCAGGUGAACGAAGAUUGAAUUCCUUUUACCGUCCUGGAGUUCUGAAGUCUUCGCCCUGGUCUGGAGAUACAGACAGCAAAGAUUGUUGGCUGUGUGAGACCUCCUGGUCUGCGCAAGUCUUUCGUGACAACGUCCGACUCUGUCGAUGCGUCCUGGUCACAGUCUUAGAACAGACAAGGCUCUUUUGCCGUUACGAACGUCAA